AUGCUCGUCUUCCGCGCCGCCUCUCUCAUCGCCGUCCUUGCAACGGGUGCCGUGGCCUUCAACUUCCUCCCACCAAGCGGGGUCAAGAUUGUGGACGCUUGCGCGGCAAGCUCUGCCGCUUCUACUGCUAUUUCUUCUUCCAGUGAGUCCACUGUUCCUCUGCGUGCACGGUCGUGUUUGGCCGAGCGCCAGGACACGGAGGAUGACUCCUCGGUGGACCAGGAGGAGGUGGACUCUGCUACGGUGGUGGUCGCCGACGCCACCGACGCCGCCUCGGAGGUUACCCAGACUGUCUACUAUACCACCACCGGAGACGCACCGGGGCGCCAGACCGCGGCUGUGACUGCAACUGGUGCUGGUGGUACGACCAAGGCCGCGAGCGCGGGCACUGCAAAGGCCACAAGUGGCGCUCAAACGAAGGCUAACACAUCGGCACUUGCCCCCUCUGCCACCACCACCUCGAACACAAUCCCGCCUACCAUCACAGGCCACAUCAUGUCGACCAUGGCCGUGUCGUCGUCGAGCGCCGUGCAGAUCAACAUUGCCGCCGAGUCCACCGCCAGCAACGUCACCCAAGCUACGGUCGCCAGCGAUGUCCCGAGCCCCAGCGCGACGCACAGCGGUGCCUCCAACCUCAAGGUCGGCUCGAUCGCCAGCGGUGGCCUCUCGGUUGUCGCUGCCGCCGUUCUCCUCGCAGCUUGGAUGUGA